UAAUCAUAUGACUGUUAACUCAGGUGUGACGUAUGUAAACUUAAACCACAGGGUAUUGAUCGGCUUGGAUCCAUUCCCCAUUUUGCAAUAUUUUCAACUGUAUUUCAAAAUACUGGAAAUACUUCACUAGCGGGUACUGCAGGAAAUAUAUAAUAAGAUUUAAACAGCCAAAAUAGAGGUCCAUCCACAGAAAAUCGAAAUGGACGGCUACGGAAGUGGAAAAGAUGAACGGAAUCAGCCGGAUGGAGAUAUCGGUUGCUGUGGUUACGUUCUCAUGUUUUUCUCUAUUAUCAUCUUGAUUCUGUUUUUCCCUUUCUCUUUGAUCUGCUCACUUAAGGUUGUGCAGGAGUAUGAAAGGGCGGUCAUAUUCAGACUGGGAAGAGUUGUAUCUGGUGGGGCCAAGGGUCCAGGUUUGUUUUUCCUGUUCCCAUGUGUGGACACGUUUAAGAGCGUAGAUUUGAGAACAUUUUCUUACGACAUUCCACCACAAGAGAUUCUAACAAAAGACUCUGUGACCGUAGCAGUUGACGCUGUUAUUUAUGCGCGCAUUUUUGACGCCACAAUGUCGAUCAUUAACGUCGAAAAUGCGCAUGCGUCAACCAAACUUCUUGCCGCUACAACUUUGAGAAAUAUUAUGGGGACCAAAAAUUUGUCAGAAGUUUUGAGCGAUCGGGAACAGAUUGCUCAUUCAAUGCAGGCGACACUUGAUGAUGCUACAGAUCCAUGGGGUGUUAAAGUUGAACGUGUUGAAGUGAAAGAUGUUCGACUUCCGGUACAGAUGCAGAGAGCUAUGGCUGCUGAAGCCGAAGCUGCACGUGAGGCUCGUGCUAAGGUGAUUGCGGCUGAAGGAGAAAUGAAGGCUUCUCGAUCCUUGAAGGAAGCAGCCGACGUCAUGGCCGAGUCACCGGCGGCAUUACAACUCCGUUAUUUGCAGACCCUCAACUCGAUCGCAGCCGAGAAGAACUCGACCAUAAUUUUCCCGCUCCCCAUUGAUAUGAUUGGCGGUGCUCUCAAGCGUUAAAAUUAUGGCCUGUGAGACUUAUACACGAAUCUGCACGUGAUAUACCAUGUGCACGUGAUACGUGCUCGAUAAGUGCUUUAUUUAGAAAACAAAAACUCUGGGAACAUUUUAUAAUUAUGUACCAUUACUUUAUGCGGUGUUGAAAAUAAGUGAGUUAGCCACAAAAUGUAUUUUUAUUUUGAGCUAAAAUCCCUAAAUGUUAUGUUU